UAUUUCUGAUACGCUCCAUUUUAUCCAUUCCCGCGCCACCACCGUUCGACGGCGAAAAUAUAAUGUCCGUCUUGUUUCCGUCAGCUCCUCCGUCAACAUCCGUCAUUCUCUCAACCCACCGCUCUCCAACCACCACCUCCUGUUCAUCACUUCAAACCCUAUCACCACCGUCACUAUCACAAUCACCACCACCGCACUCAAAUUCUCUUACUCUAAACUCCAAAACUAAUCCUCUUUCAUCAUCAUCAUCCUCCUCCUCCUCUUCAGGAUGUUCACUUAAUUGUCCUCACUUUCAAUCGUGUUCAGGCUGUAGUCAUGAGGAUAACCUACACCGUCCGGUUAUCUUACAAGAGGCUACUACCUUCUUUAACAAGCUCGGUGUCUCCGAUUUCACUUUCGAUACUUGUAGACUGUGGGGAUGGAGGUGUCGUGCUAAACUUGCUAUACGGGGAUCAUCAACUGAUCCUCUGAUUGGGCUUUAUGAAGAGGGCACACACAAUGUAGUUAAUAUACCUGAUUGCAAAGCCCAUCAUCCAAACAUAAAUGCUGUUGUGGAGCUUUUGAGAAGAGGUAUAAAGAUUCUGAACAUUGAGCCUUAUGAUGAAGAUGAACAGACUGGUUAUUUGAGAUAUGUUCAGAUGGCUGUCACUACAUACAAUACAUCUCUCCCUGCUUCAGAAAGAUAUAGAAGUGGUAGAGUACAAGUUUCUCUAGUUUGGAACUCACGUAGUGAAACUUCAGCAAGUGCAGAUAAGUUGAACGAUUUAGCUACGUUCUUAUGGAGAAAUGGAGGGCCAAACAGUAAAGCUCAUUUAGUUCAUUCCGUUUGGGCAAAUUUUCAAACAUCAACUAACAAUGUGAUCUUUGGAAAUAGAUGGAGGCAUCUAUUAGGAGAAAGAGAUUUUUGGGAGCAUGUUGGAGGAAUUGAUGUCUAUUUGGCUCCAUCGAGCUUUGGUCAAGCAAAUACAAGGGCUUUUGAUUCUUUGCUUAAAAAACUACAUAAAUAUGUCCCUGUUGGUGCAUCGGUUACUGACCUAUAUGCUGGAGCUGGAGUCAUCGGAUUGUCACUUGCUUCCGCAAGAAAAUGCAGAUCAGUUAGAUGUGUUGAGAUAAAUAAAGAAUCAAAGUUUGCUUUUGAGAAGACAAUUGAACGGUUACCAAGCUCCUUAGAUAGCAGCAUAAGCUGGCAUCAUGCUGACACGUCAAUUGAACCACUCUCUUGGCUUGUGGGAUCAGACGUUCUUGUGGUUGAUCCUCCUAGGAAGGGGCUUGACCCAUCAUUGAUUGGUACUUUGCGGGCCAUUAAAUUAGCAGAACGUAAAUCCAUGACACUUGAAAGCCCGACCUUCAAAGAGAAAGAUGAAAAACGACCUUGGAUUUUACGAGCAAGAGAAGACUCAGUUCAGAUUCCAAGCAGAACCACACAAGAAGAAAGUCGGUCACUACCUCAAACACUUAUAUAUAUAAGCUGUGGAUGGGAAAGCUUCAAAGAGAAUUGCACAGCGUUACUUUCAAGUAAGGCCUGGCAUUUGAGUAAGGCUCAUGGUUAUAAUUUUUUCCCUGGAACCCAGAGCAUUGAAAUUUUGGCCGUAUUCAAAAGAGGACCUGGAACAAGUGUUAAGAAAAAGAAAUCUGGAAUGAAGAAGAAGAAGAAGAAGAAGACUAAAAACCCUCCCGAGUAAAAAUCAUUCAUGCUUGCCCUUGUGACAUGAAAAAGCAGUUUGUUCAAGUAGGACUUCUGAUUGCUGGUUGGUGACUACAAAUACGGGAGGAUGAAUUUAUUAUCUUGGGAACGACCCAAACACUAGUAGAAUUCCUCUAAAGGGAUAGACGGACCGACAUUGUUGUCAGUAGUUAUAAGCCAUUAUGUGUAUGACUGACUGAACAAUGUAGUUUUUGUCUUCUUGAGCAUUAAUAAUGAACAUUGUCUUGACCUUUUCGUGAUA